AUGCUUUUAGCAGAGGAGCCCGCGACGCUCAUCUCGCACACAAUCGACAACUUCAACAUCCAACCAGACAAACAAGCCAUCGCCCGCAUCAAUGAAUCCCUCUCCACCCUCCAGCAGGCCCGCGAGCUGCGUCUCCGCGAGGCAGAGAAUGCCCUCAAGAAACUAACCUCAACCCACUCCUCCACCGCCCACGCCUCCGAAAUAGCCCGCCUCGACACCACAAAAUUCCGUACGGCAAAGGCAGCAUCCGACGCAGAAAUGGAAGCAGAGCGCCUCGCCCAGCAGGCCGCCGACCUCAACGCCCGCCUGCAGGAGCUCGAGAUCCAGGGGCUCGACGGCUCCGCCGACGAACAGGCGCGCCGCCGCGACCCCGUCGACGACGAGGUGCUGCUGCGGCUGAAAGUGUACCGCAGCUUGGGUAUCGAGAUUGAGCGCGAUGGCAAGGACGGUAGCGGCACGGGCGAGUUCACGCGCGCGGUUGUGAGGAAUGAUCGCAAGGGGGAUGUGCAUGUCGUGAAUAUGGACAAGAAGUUUUCAAAGUUUUUUUAUGCCAAUUACUUUUGGCAGACUUUGUAG